GGGGCGGGGAAGCCGGGCCGGGCUUGAUUAGUCAGGAGGCAGAGGCGCGCCGGCGGCGCCCGGAAGUAGCCGAAGCGAGCGGCGGAAGUAGCCGAAGCGUCCGGAGCGGGCGGGCGGCAAGGCGAGGCGAGAGCUGCACAGGGCCCUACGCGGCCGCCUCAGCAUGUCGGACUUCGACGAGUUCGAGCGGCAGCUCAAUGAGAAUAAGCAAGCCUCUAGCCCUGCCCCUCUCAGGGACGACCCUGGGGUCAGGCCCCUCAGCCCUCGAGGGGGACCAGGAGCCAGCCUCCUCUGUCUUCUCUGGCUCCCCAGCUCCUCCUGAGCAGCCUCAGAGCGGGACAAGGAGAACCGGCACCGGAAGCGCAGCCACAGUCGCUCUCGCAGCCGGGACCGGAAGCGCCGCAGCCGGAGCCGCGACCGGCGCAACCGGGACCAGCGCAGCGCCUCCCGGGAUAGGCGGCGACGCAGCAAACCUUUGACCAGAGGCGCUAAAGAGGAGCACGGUGGACUGAUUCGCUCCCCCCGCCAUGAGAAGAAGAAGAAGGUCCGCAAGUACUGGGACGUGCCACCGCCUGGCUUCGAGCACAUCACCCCUAUGCAGUAUAAGGCCAUGCAGGCUGCGGGUCAGAUUCCAGCCACUGCCCUCCUGCCCACCAUGACUCCGGAUGGUCUGGCUGUGACCCCGACGCCAGUGCCAGUGGUCGGGAGCCAGAUGACCAGACAGGCCCGGCGUCUCUAUGUGGGCAACAUCCCCUUUGGCAUCACUGAGGAGGCCAUGAUGGACUUCUUCAAUGCCCAGAUGCGCCUGGGGGGGCUGACUCAGGCCCCUGGCAACCCCGUCCUGGCUGUGCAGAUUAACCAGGACAAGAACUUCGCCUUCCUGGAGUUCCGCUCAGUGGACGAGACCACCCAGGCCAUGGCCUUUGAUGGCAUCAUCUUCCAGGGCCAGUCGCUGAAGAUCCGCAGGCCCCAUGACUACCAGCCCCUGCCCGGCAUGUCAGAGAAUCCCUCUGUCUAUGUGCCUGUCCGUUCCUUCCUCCUUCCCUCAGGAGUUGUGUCCACAGUGGUCCCAGACUCCGCCCACAAGCUGUUCAUUGGGGGCCUUCCCAACUACCUGAACGAUGACCAGGUGAAAGAGCUGCUGACAUCAUUCGGGCCUCUCAAGGCCUUCAACCUGGUUAAGGACAGCGCGACUGGGCUCUCCAAGGGCUACGCCUUCUGUGAGUACGUGGACAUCAACGUCACGGAUCAGGCUAUUGCGGGGCUGAAUGGGAUGCAGCUGGGUGACAAGAAACUGCUGGUCCAGAGGGCGAGUGUGGGAGCCAAGAAUGCCACGCUGGUGAGCCCCCAGAGCACCAUCAACCAGACCCCUGUGACCCUGCAAGUGCCCGGCUUGAUGAGCUCCCAGGUGCAGAUGGGUGGCCACCCGACCGAGGUCCUGUGCCUCAUGAACAUGGUGCUGCCUGAGGAGCUGCUGGACGACGAGGAGUAUGAGGAGAUCGUGGAGGACGUGCGUGAUGAGUGCAGCAAGUAUGGGCUGGUCAAGUCCAUUGAGAUCCCCCGGCCCGUGGAUGGUGUCGAGGUGCCCGGCUGUGGAAAGAUCUUCGUGGAGUUCACCUCUGUGUUUGACUGCCAGAAAGCCAUGCAGGGCCUGACGGGUCGCAAGUUCGCCAACAGAGUGGUUGUCACAAAAUACUGUGACCCCGACUCUUACCACCGCAGGGACUUCUGGUAGAGGCGGUGGGGGAGGGUGGGGCCGGGCUGGCGUAGGGCUUCUGCCCUGCCACCCCCCCUUUUUCCCCCUCUGAAGACAUGGGCAGAGGAGUGACAGCCGAGUGACAGCCGGCAGCAACUGGAAUGGCAGCAAUUUAAGGGUGGGGGUGGGGGGUUGGGGCAGGGAGGGGACUGGGGAAGUGCGCACACAGGCCCACACAGACACACGCACCCACAGACACAGGAAGGGGUCGGGAUGGGGAGGGGUGCACAGCAAGGUGGGGUAGGACCCCCACAGCCCCUCUCCAAAACAGCCUCUCCUCCCUUAUUCCUUCUUUCUCCUCCCCUUCCCCACUGUAGAAACAUAGUGUGUUUAUAUUUUAUGGCCAAACUAUUUUGAAUUUUGUUGUCCGGCCCGGUGCCCUGCCCUCUCCCUUUCCAGGACCAUAGCCCCGUCCUCUUGGCCUCUGGUCCUCUCCCUGGUUUCUUACAUAGCUGAUUCUCUUUAGCCUCCCCUGACCUGUCCCUAGCCUGGUGUCCCUUGUCCCUCUCCUAUUCUGUGGCAGUUUCAUAUUUGCUAAAACGAAUUUGCUCAUUAAACAUUUUGUUGUAUUUUACUUUA